AUGGCCGAGUCCAAACCGUUUCCAGCCCCUCCUGGUGGCUCUGGUACAAAUGAAGCUCAGCAAAAGCGGAAAAAUGUCGGUACAGCGUGCUCGGCCUGUAAAACGCGCAAGCUCAAGUGCUCAGGAAUCUCCCCAUGCACCAACUGUAUCAAGGACAACGUUGAAUGUACCUUCGACGCCAGCGCCGAUAAACGCCGCCGCGGCGCCCUAAAGCGCAAGGUCAACCAGCUCGAAGAGAAGGAGGAGCUCCUGAUUCAGCUCGUCAGCACCCUCCGCGAGAGCGGCACUCGGCGCACCAUUCAACUCCUCAACCUCAUCCGCAGCAACGCCUCCCCGUCCGAAAUCCAACUCUACAUAGAUACGCAGCUGAAGUCCGAGCUGGAGCAGACACCGGAGCUCAUCGAAGUAUGCAAUGAGAUACAACGGUUUGAGCCAAUGGGGUCGCGGUCGUGGCGGCGUAUUCUCGACGCGCAGAGGGCUUUCGUAGAGCCCUUGUUCCGUGUGCCGGCGGCCCCGUGGACGACUGUCACCGCGGAUGACGAGUUUGUAUCGCAUUUGAUUUCGUUGUGGUUUACGUGGGUUCAUCCGUUCUAUUACUGGAUCGAUCGAGAGUUGUUUCUGCGGGACAUGCAGUCGGGGUCGUUGGACUCGAAAUUUUGUUCGCCCUUUUUGGUGAAUGCCAUCCUGGCCGAUGCGUGUGCAUACUCGGAUAGCUUGGAGUCAGAUGCCCAGGGUGCGCGCUUCUACAACGAGGCCAAACGAUUGCUAGAUAAGGAAGAAGGUAGAAUCACCCUUGCGACUGCCCAAGGGCUGGGGGUUUUAUGGAUAUGCGCUUCCAUGACCAGGAAAGAUCGACAUGGCUGGAUUCAUCAGAGCCAACUGGCGUACGCCGUUCAGGACCUCUUUCCGAGCAUCACACCUCCCAAGGAUGUUGACGGUGAGGCGCUCGACUUAGUCCGAGCGGCCAAUGUAACAAUUUGGGGUUUGUCCAACAUCGCGAUGAAGGCGUCUUUGAUCAAGCCGCCCCGAAAGAUACGCCUGCCGCCCAUCACCCAUGACCCGGACACCGACCUGUGGGUACCAUAUCCCACGGAGUCCGAGAAAUUGCAAGCGCAUACACUGUGUACGUUCCGAGCCCUCUGCAGUCUGAAUGAAAUCGCCUACGAUAUUACCUACCCCCAUUUUCACGGGGAAGUCAGCUCGUCAGAGACGGAAAAGACCGACGAAUUGCAACGACGACUGCGAGAGUGGCAAAGCGAACUACCGCCCUGCCUGAAGAAAAGGGACGCUAUUGAGGUUCCGCAUAAUGGUCAAUCGGACCACCGGCUAUUUCACAUGAUGCCAAAGAGCCACCAGGAGGCCUGCUUGUCAUCUGCAAGGAGCAUCUCUCAGCUGAUGCGCCUUCAUCGUUCCGCAUGGGGUGUUGAACGGAUGCCACAAGGCACCAGCCAGCCGAUCAACAUAGCCCUACUCGUCUUGCUUGAACGGCUGGAUGUACCCGAAAACCGUGAUGCGUUCAUUAACCUCAGCAUAGCCGCGAAAGCUGCAUCUCGUCGAUGGAGCUCGAGCAAAGCUGCUCUGGAUAGGGUCCGCACGCGGGCUAUCAUCCAUGGCCUUCAUCUACCGACUGAAACAGAUUCGUUAUUUGCUGACUUCGGAAAGCGACCGGAAAAUGAGCCAUCGGACGAGUUUCCGUUCCCCAUGGCCGACACUAUUGAAAUCUCGGACGGCGAGGGUUCCGACAUGUGA